AUGCCAUAUGAUUCUAGUAUAAAGCUAGUAGAAAAUACUAGUAGAGCAAUUGCACUACUUGAGUAUGCUACUGCAGUAGGAAGCUUGAUGUAUGCUAUGCUUUGUACCAGACCUGAUAUUACAUUUGCAGUAAGUAAACUCAGUCGGUUUACAAGUAACCCCGGUGCAGAGCACUGGAAGGCAAUUGAGAGAGUUCUUGGGUAUCUCAAGAGAACCUUGGAACUUAGCUUAUUUUACUAUGAUUAUCCAGCUGUAGUAGAAGGGUACAUUGAUGCAAGUUGGAUUACCGGUAAUAGAGAUAACAAGUCCACAUCUGAAUGGAUUUUCGUCCUUGGUGGGGGUGCAAUCUCUUGGGCAUCCAAGAGACAAACUUUGAGGCAACUCUGUCAAGGGCCUACAGUGGUACCUACAAUGCCGGACAAUACAGUCAGAGCCACGUUUGAACUGAGUCGGGCCAAUAUUGCAACACUGAAGGCAGGCGCCAUGGCUUUGCACAAGGACAAACAGCUACCACCAGCCCGGCCUGUCGACCUUCACGUUGCUGUGCGCUUAUAUCUGGGUAUAUCCUUGGUUAAGUCCGGGGAUCAAAGGGUUUCCCUUUCGUUCAACGUGGACUGUGGGGCUCGACAGAAGCCUCCGGUUCCGGCCACGUACUUUGGCAACUUCGUCGGGACUCGUGUAGUGACGGCCGAGAGGGCUGAUUUGCUGAGACACGAUGGAAUUGUCAUUGCAGCAUGCUUGAUCGAGGAGUCCAUUAAUGGGUUGGAAGAUUCCGAUUUCAUUGGCGAUUUGCCUGCAAUAGCGGUUCUUCUGCUUUGUGAGAAUUGA